AACUCCAAAGGAUUCAGGUUUUCAUUAUAUCUGUUUGGAUUUACUUCAAGUGAUAUUUUUUGUAUAUUUUAUGUAUUAUUACACAUGUGCGCUACUUUCAAAGCAAAAUGAUGCAUUUGAACAUCUAAAAAUGCAGGAGCAGCUGGAACCCUUGGCAUCUCUACUUGAUAUGAUCGAGAAGUUGCCUGUGUUGGAAUUUUUGUAUCUUUACGAUGAUGAUUUGCCAAGGAGCAGUGGACAUGAUGCAGUCAAGGUCCUUGGGGAGAAGAUGGUUGAAGCAUCACCAGCUUUGAAUAGAAUGGCAGAUCCUGAAAAACAUAUUAAUCUUACCGAGUCAAAGAUCUUGCCUGACUGGAUGAUAAGAGAAGGCAUGUUACAAAAGGAUACUCAUACUGGUGAUGACUCAGCGCUCAACGAAAGUACCCAGGACGCAUAUGCUAAGGCAUAUAGACAGGCACUUUACGAGGCUUAUUCAAGAGACACUCCAGCAGCAGCGAGAAGGGAAAAUGUAUAGCUGUGGAUGCCAGGACAAGG